UUAUAUUCAUAAAGAAUAUUUAUUCAAAUGAGCGUAAUAACUUAUUUCAAAAUCUGUUGACAUAUUAUAUGUACUCAUUGUUUGAUUAAAUCAUUACUACUUAAAAAUGAAUUUAUUAAUUUUUGUAUUACUUUCAUAUUAUUCCCUUGCUUUAUUAAUCUAUAAUGGAAGUUCGGAGAACUUUGAGAAUAUAUGGCUGUCUGAAAAAAAUUAUGAUGCCACUUUUAGUGUAGACUUUUUAAAAUUAUUAAAUCAAAUAGAAACUUUGGAAACAUCAAAAGAAUUAACACAUCUCGAAGAACAUGAUAUAACUAACUUGACACAAGAAUGUAAAAAUAACAAUGAAUGCUUGGAAUUAAAAUGGAAUUCAAUAUCAAAAUACAGAAUGAAAAUGGAAGCGUUACAAUGCCUCAAUGGUAUUAUCAUACAGUUCUUUAUGAAAUCUCUAAAUAUUAUUUUUUUUAGAAAGAGAAAUUCAAAUUUUUAUGGUGAAAAUGCUUUUUACAAUUCAAGACUGGUAAUGGCAAGGAUGCUAUCUAUAUUAUAUAUUGGCAGGACGAGUGCUCACAACUGGAUGUGGAUAGCUUAUUUUAGAACGUUAGCAGCUGAAAAUUGGAUACAAUAUUAUGACAAUAUGCAAGAUGAUCAUUUUAAUGAUGAAUUUCUUAAUAGUGAGCUAAUAGAUUAUUUAAAAAUGUGCCAAGAUAAUGAUUAUCUACCGAAAACUCUUAACGAAUCAGAAAUUGAUGUCAAAAAAUACAUCGGUCCAAUAAUCGAUAAUUGUUCAGAGAAGUUCUAUGGACAAGAUGUAUCUAUGAGUUCAGAUUAUCUGAAAGAAGAAGUAUUUAAAUAUUCUAGAUUGUUCCAAGUUGAUAAUUUUGUAUUGAGAAGUAUAAUAGAAAGUGAUGAAAACACUAUUUUUGGUGAGCCUGAUGGAUUAAUGUUUAAUUGGGACGAGGUGACAAAACAGAAGUUAUCCAAGGCUAAAAUGCAAUUACGACUGAAUAUGUCAAAAUAUGAAUGGAUUCGGGAUCCAUUUAAGUUCAUUGAAUAUCAACAAAUUAUAAACUCUUUAGUACAAUUUAAAGUGUAUUUUUACAUUUGGUUACAUUUAAAAACAUUCAAAGAAAAUAUAAAAUUUGUAAUGGCUAACAUUAAUUUGAAGACUUUGUUAGAUACUAUGACAAAAUUGUAUAAUGAUUUUUACACGCCAUUGAAAGCUGCUACUUUAUACUUAAAUACAGAUGAUAAACUAUUGUGGAGUUUAGUUCGACGUUUUAGCCAAAAUAUCGUUAUAGUUGACCAAAAUGUAGAGUUUAUUAUUGAUCAAAUGAUGAAGAUGACACAAAAUGUAAUUUUAAACCAUUCAGACUUAUUGGGUUUAAAUAAAAACGAUUUACAAAAACAACUCAAUUCAAUUGAAAGAGUCACAUAUAUCUUUCGGAGGUCGUCAGACAAAAGAACUCAGAAAUUAAUAAAUGAACGUAUAAACUAUGUUGUCAUAUACCUUGACAAUGUUCAAAUGUCUUUAGAACCUAUUAAUUAUUAUUUCAUUAAAUUUUUCUAUAACGGUAAUUCUAACUUUAGAAAUACAUUUUACUCAAAAGUUUGUUAAAAGCUUAAUUAUCGAUUGAUAGUUAAACUUUAUUUUUACUUGUAUGAAUUUAAUACAUGUCAUACAUAUCAUUUAAAAUACAUAUUUUAAUUGAGAA